UGACCAAAAAAAAAGAAAAUCAAUUCCCGGAAAACUCAUUCCCAAAUUUUUAGUGCAAACAAACAGCCAAAGAGAGAACCAGUCGACAGCAGCCAGAACCCGAAAAACCACCUACUGCCAUUUCUUCCCACUUCCCAAACCCUUCCUCUCUCUCUAUUCCAAGAUCUUCAUCUGCAAGAAAGCCCAUCUUUUUCCUUUUAUUUUGGAUACUGGACCACCAUUCGAUCAGUCUUCUCUGUAUCUCUCAGUUGAUUCCUCCCGAUGGGAUUUUUAAGGAAACUAGUUGGCUUGCUAGGGUUUGGUAAGGACAAUGGCCACGAAUCCAAAGAUGAAGAGGACGCUAACAACAAUCCCGAUACUCAGACCCAUGAGAAGACCCAUUUCCAAGAAACCGGGCUUCCUCGCAGAGGCUUCGCUGUGCCGGUCCAGGUCGCCGUCGACCGGCCCCGGGUUGGCCCUGUCCUCACCCCUUGUAAUCCCGGCGAUGGCGGUGUCCAGGGUCUGAGAUGGUAUGCAAAGCGGCUGAGAAUAGAUGAAGAUGGAGAUGUAGCAGAUGAAUUCCUUGAAGAGGUCCUGCUGGAGACGUCAACUAACAUAGAAGAUCAUCAAAGUCCAUUUCCAAGGUUUGAAGUGAAGUAUAGUACAAGGCCUGCUAAAGUUAAGAACCUGGUCAUGUCACCUGAUGGGAGAAUUCAGUGUGUGGAAUACCAAGGCAGAUUACAGUGGGUAUGAAGUACAUUUAAACUAAAACCAAGCUUCUGGGUGGUAGGGUUUGUUCUUGCACAAGAAUGUUGUCAAUUUGUUGAUGUAGAAAAUAUCUUAAAAUUUUUUGUUUGGUAUUGCACUGUUGAGCCUUGCCACCCUUGUUAUCAAUGUCUGGGUUUUUAACUUCCUAAAGGAUUUUGUCAGAAUCUUCCUGAUCGAUCACUAAUCGUAUGAACUGAUGUUUCUGGCCAUAGAUGUGAAACGUGAAACCUCAAAGUAUAACAGUUGUCUGUUUGUAAACACUCGAGAUUAAAUUGAGAAAUUGUAACCAUUGGGUUAUGAUUUAAUAGGAGUGUAAUUGCUGUAAAAUAUCAUAAUAUAUAAAGUAAGCUUAUGAUUGAUUUGAUCAA